ACGAGAAAGAUGCCGGGGUCGCUGAGCGCGGUGGGCACGAUCUGGUCCAUGUUUUCACUCACUGCGGCGGUGUUGUGCUGCUGUGGAUUCUACUUACCUUUCUGGAUACAGGGAAGACUUUUAGAGCGGGCUGACGCGUAUUUCAGUUCUUUCAGACGAUGCAACUAUCCGCGACUCACAGCGAGGGGUGACAUCGAAAUCGUUAUGGAGUGCGGCCGAUAUUCUAGGUUUGAAGACAUCCCGAGCGUGUGGUGGCAAGUGACGACGAUCGUGAUGUGUCUGGGAUGUGCACUGAGCGUCCUGGCCUCCGUCACCGCCCUCUCCGCCUGUUGCUUCAGCUACGUCCUCCACUCAACCUCGGCGAAGACCACCGGAGGAAUACAGCUACUCGCAGCUCUGUUGAUGACCAGUGGAGCUGCCCUUUAUCCCCUUGGUUGGGACAACCGGCAAGUCCGGGAGUCCUGCGGCCAUCUAUCAUCAGCAUAUAAGCUCGGAACAUGCCAGCUCUCUUGGUCUGCCUACAUAAUCUGCUCUGCGAUUGCAAUGCUAUUACUAUGUGCUCUCCUUAGUAUAUGUGCAGCCAAAAACUCAUGACAUACAUGACUGACAUAUUCAGGACUUUCAUACCAACGAUGCAAAUAGUUUUGGGAUAUUUCAGCAACCUAGGUUCACUCUCGGAUACUAUGAAAAUACUUUUAAAAGGUGAUUAUCUCACUUUUAGUUAAAUUUUCUUGAAGAAUUAUUUCUUGCACAUGCAUCAUGUACAAAAAUUAUUUUAAAUUUACUACCUAGUUAUUUUAGAAUAAAAAGUGUAUUUAACUUUACAUUGGCUUCACUCAAGUGCCUUUCGACGUCACAAAUGCUAUUUUGACAAUAAUUUGUAAAUACCCAUUAAUGUUUGCCUUAGAGGGGUCUAAAAUGUAAUUUGAUUAAGAAUUAAACCAACUAGGUAUGGAAAAA